UCGGCGGAAGGACAUGCUGAUGUCACCGAUGGCUUGCGACCCCCACUUGCUGUGCCACAGGCUAGGCAUCCCCUGGCUACAGUCCCGCCGCAGCUGCCGUCUUCAGUUCCUUCAGACAAACCAGCCACCUCCUCGCCCGGCACUCCGUACACGACCCGGUCAGGAAGGCAUUGCAAAAGUGUUCGUAUUGUGGUACAAGAAAGACGUAUUCAGGUCGUUAAUCGAAGAGUUGGCAACUAUAUGGCCAGUUCCGCCGUUGGAUAACGAUGCACAGGCUAUUAAAGAUAAAAGUAUCGAUGCACUGAGGAUUGCCCAUCAAUGGUAUUUUGCUGUGAACGUGUCCGGUGUAUGGUUUUACAACUUGACCCCGAUCGGCAUCUACUUCUACCAAUUAUGGCAAGGACAAGACGCCCGCGUGGGUUACGUUUGGGUAUCGUGGUACCCGUUCGAUAAACACAAGCCCAUCGCGCAUGUUGCUGUUUACAUUUUCGAAAUGUUCGCUGGUCAAAGCUGUGUUUGGAUAAUGAUUGGCACGGACCUCCUUUUCUCUGCAAUGGCAAGUCACAUCUGCCUAUUGCUGAGAUUGCUACAGAAACGCCUAGAAUCCCUGGCUUCGUCUGAUCGGACAAACGAAGAAUACUAUCAGGAAAUAAUUACAAAUAUUAAAUUGCAUCAACGGCUUAUUACGUAUUGUAACGAUUUGGAAGAAGCAUUUUCUGUAUCAAACCUUAUAAAUAUUGUACUGAGUUCAGUCAACAUCUGCUGCGUUGUUUUUGUUAUAGUGCUACUAGAGCCCUUGUUGGCUAUAAGCAACAAGCUAUUUUUGGCAUCGGCCCUCAUUCAAAUAGGACUCAUAUGCCUGUAUGGAGACUCCAUUUUACAUGCCAAUGCGGAUAUUGCAUCAUCGGCGUAUAAAAGCGGAUGGUACCAGACCGACCCGAGAUGCCGACGAGCGCUACUGUUCCUCAUUAUCAGAGCCCAGAAACCAAUAGCGUUCACAGCUAUGAAAUUUACUACAAUUUCUCUUAUUACAUACUCUUCGAUAUUGACAAGGUCGUACUCCUACUUCGCUCUUCUCUACACAAUGUACAGAGAUCAUUAGAAUGUGUUUAGUAAGCACUUAGCAAUAAUGAAUAUAGCUGUUUGUCUCUACAGUGAAAAAUGUACCCUCUACUCAACCAUAUAUAAAUGAUUUUCAUUUUCAAUGCAGUUUUCCUAGGCUUCUGUUGCAUAUAACAUAGACAAUUUCGGCCAUUCUCAAAAUAGUUCUCAAAUUUUUGCAUGUGUGGGCCUUUCAUGUCUCUGCAAAACAUUAAACAGAACCACAAAUAUAUUUUUUAUGUAGUUUGUACUUUUAUCUAAAGGUAUUUUUAAGGCUUUAGCUCUGCUACUUAAUUAUCAUACGUAUUUUAUUUUUCAAACACUUGU